UAGUUCUAGUAGACCAAUAAUGUCAAUUACCUCCACAAAGCACACUCAUCUGUCCCGCACCAGUUUUCAAGACAGGUACCACAGCACUUAUACGGCGAGGAGAGACGUCGGCGAGAAGCAUAGUGUUGCUGAGAGGGGGCGUGUGUCUAAAACCUCACUGUCGCUGAUGCAGAGCAACUCCCCGUCGCUUAGCCCCACGAUCAGCAGGGCAUCGAUCCUCAGCAACGUGUCCGCUGUUGGUAGCACCGCCGGCGCCAGCAGUGGCUAUAGUGGCAAAACUGCCGUUGCCACGAGUAACGUCAGUCAGCAUAUCGGCAUGGAUUCCGGCUACUCGACUUGGCAGCACGCACAGCAUUAUGAUAUAUACGCGGCCACCGGCAGUACCAACGCCAGCAGCGGCGCAUCAACGGCAAGAAGUAGCAUGGGAACCGUUGGCAGUAACCUAGCAACCCUUGGCAGUAGCAUAGCAACCCGGGACAGUGACGCACCACUGUCGCUCGAGGCCAGCAUCGAGGUGUAUGAGGAAACAGCUGGUGUGGCUGCAUUGGCUGGCAAUGCCGAGGGUACCUACAGUGAUUCGCCAUACGCGGCCACAUCCCCCUACACAGCCACGUACCACAGCAUGCGUAGGGAUGAAAUCUAUGAAGCUAUGGACUACGGCUGUCGGUUUGAACGGGCAUCACACGACGACGACGAAGACGACAGCCACGGCAGUGCUGAAGUGCCCGCGGCAGCCGCGUCGCGUCUAGACAGAGUCGUCGAUGCAGUGAGAACGCACAGCUGGAACAAUCUGGUGUCAAAGAGCAGCACUGAGAUACUGGCUGGUGGCGGUGCGGGUGGCAAAGCAACGGCGGACUGUGAUUAUGACAUGUAUGCCGAGACGAACAACGCCGUGUCGGUCAAUCAGGAUAAGCCGGCUCCAGGCAGCUGUGAUGACAGCGAGGUGAGUGAACAUGCGCUACUAGGCUCCGGUUCGGAGUAUAGCUCGUACGGCGUGUCGCAGGGUACCCACCAGGGCGAUGCCAGCCUGAAUCCGAGCGCCGUCCGCCAGAACCUGGCAAUGUCGGGCAGUUUUCCUGGCGACCAGAAAGAAGCGGACGGGUUUGCUUUCGCGGCGGCGCCGUCCCGAGACGCUAGCGGAUAUUGUUCGCCGAGCAACCAACCGGACAAGUAUGCCACUGUUGACCUCACCCCAAGGCACAGCAGUCCCAGAUUGCUGGACACCAGCCCUGCAAACAGCACCACCAGUAGUAGCAGAGGGAAGGAGGUGCGACUUUUCUCAAUGUCUAGCACAAUCCUGAGCGUUAUAAGAGUCAUGAGGCAGCGCCCUAAGCCAACGAAGCAUGAGGCGGGCCAAAAGACGAGUGCAAAGCCACAAGGCAAAGGCACUGAUGCGCACUCAAAGAGUGACUUGAACAAGCAUGGCUCGGCGGCUGUCGAAUGCAACACAGUGCAGUAUGACCAACCACGCAGCGAAACAGCAGUUGGGCAAGCAUCAACAAACCACUCUACUGCCCAGAUGCGAAGGCAAGGUGCCAUAUCGAGCUGUGGCACGGCCUCGCACAGCUGUGGGCCAUCAUGCAGCGAGCGAUACUGCGACGUCUUCGAGAGAGAGUCCGGCGCCUUUCAAGCAACAACUGCACCAACACACUACAACCGGAUAUACCAAGCCCAGUGCAGAAGUUCUGUGUCAGUGCAAGAUACCAUGCCACAGUUUCAAGCACCAGGCGAGCUGCCGACUGACUUGAAAACCAGUGGCAAAAGCAGCAGUGAAGUCAACAACCAACAUCUUGCAGCCAACAAGCAAUACAGCCAUUUAGAUGCGGCUGGGCGCUGUGAGCAAGCGAAGGGAGACUACAAUAAGUCGUCAAACGUCAAGACGAGUAGUUCACUUCACAACACCAAGCUAUCAGAUCUGAUAUUCGAACAAGAUGAGCAUGAAAAGCUGCGUAUCACACCGUUAAGAGACGCAGAACAAGACUCCAUGGCUGAGAACCUCCUCUACCAACAGCAAGGACUUGGCAGUGACACAGGAAAACUGCCAACUUACGUGAAAAGCAGCGGCGAAAGCAGCAGCGAAGUCAGCAACCAACAUCGUGCAGCCAACCAGCAAUACAGCCAUUUAGAUGUGGCUGGCAGCUUCGAGCAAGCGAAGGGUGGGUACAAUAAGUUAUCCAAAGUCACAACGAGUAGUACAAAGCUCUCAGAUUCGGUAUUUGAACAAGACGAGUAUAACAAGUUGGGUACCGCUUCGACAAGGGAUGCCGAAGAAGACUCCAUGCCUGAGAAUCUUCUGAACGAACAGCAAGGACUUGACGGUGAGACAGGAAAGUUGCCAACUGAGGUGAAAACCAGUGGCGAAAGCAGCAGUGAAGUCACCAACCAACAUCUUGCAGCCAACCGACAAUACAGCCAUUUAGAUGCGGCUGGGCGCUGUGAGCAAGCGAAGGGAGACUACAAUAAGUUGUCUUACAUCAAGACGAGUAGUUCACUUCACAACACCAAGCUGUCAGAUUCGAUAUUCGAACAAUAUGAGUGUCAUAGGCUGGGCACUCCAUCGUCAAGGGACACCGAAAAAGACUUCAUGGAAGAGAACCUCCUCUACGAACAGGAGUGGUUCGAGGGCAAUGUCGAUAAAGUCGCACACGCUGUCUCUACUGCUUUCGACGAGUCAAUCGCAAAGAAGAACCCUGUGUGCGAGCACCUACCUAACGGACGGCAGUGUCUUGACCGUGGAACUGUCAAAUACGAAAACAGCGUAGUGUCUGAAACAGUGUGCAGCAGUAAUCCCUCUGUCCCUGACACAACGUGCCAUCACCAUGAUCACGCACAGAGCAUAAAUCACACAGAGACGGUCUGACUGGAACUCCUCCU